AGUCCCUUGAUUCUUCGGUCAAUGUCUAAGCCGAGGUUUUCGAAAAAUCACUCGCACCCUGGCCCUUAUGGUGCUCUGACGGUCUUUUCCUCAUUUUGCAAGUGGGGCUGCAGCCUUGGAUCUGCUCGAUUGGUUGCAGCAGCACAAUCGCUACCGUUCAGCUGGCGGUGGAUCUUCUAAUCUCCUUGUCUGUGCGCCAUCAUCAUAAUGUGCUCUGGGCGAGCCAUGCUGCGUUUGAGUAACUUGAGGAAUAGUGUCAAAUACACAAAGG